GGCGGCGUCCUGUGCUGUUCCCGCCAAUUUUUCUGUCAGUCUUGUCCGGAUCUAGUUCCUUGCUUCAUGGAGUCGUUUGAUCCCACGGAACUGCCAGAGCUACUCAAGCUUUAUUACCGAAGGCUCUUUCCCUACGCCCAGUACUAUCGCUGGCUCAACUAUGGCGGAGUGACAAAGAAUUACUUUCAACACCGUGAAUUUUCAUUCACCCUGAAAGAUGAUAUUUACGUUCGCUACCAGUCCUUCAACAGCCAGAGUGAUCUGGAGAAGGAGAUGCAGAAAAUGAAUCCAUAUAAGAUUGAUAUAGGCGCCGUCUAUUCUCACAGACCCAGUCAGCACAACACCGUGAAGCUGGGGGCUUUCCAGGCCCAGGAGAAGGAGCUCGUCUUUGACAUUGACAUGACAGACUACGACGACGUAAGGAGAUGCUGCAGUUCUGCAGACAUAUGUCCCAAGUGCUGGACCCUCAUGACGAUGGCCAUGCGCAUCAUAGACCGAGCACUGAAGGAGGACUUUGGAUUUAAGCACUGCCUCUGGGUGUAUUCCGGAAGGAGAGGUGUCCAUUGCUGGGUCUGUGAUGAGUCUGUCCGAAAACUGUCCUCUGCCGUACGCUCUGGGAUAGUAGAGUACUUGAGUCUUGUGAAGGGUGGUCAAGAUGUUAAAAAGAAAGUUCACCUAAGUGAGAAGCUUCACCCUUUUGUCAGAAGAUCUAUAAACAUAAUUAAAAAAUACUUUGAAGAAUAUGCUCUAGUUGGCCAAGAUAUUCUUGAAAAUAAAGAAAACUGGGAUAAGAUUUUAGCCCUUGUUCCUGAGACUCUUCACGAUGAGCUUCAGAGAGGCUUUCAGAAGUUCCACAGUUCGUCUCAGCGCUGGGAGCACUUGAAGAAAGUGGUCAGCACAUCUCAGAACACAAAGAACGAGAAGUGUGGCCCCUGGCUGGAGUGGGAGAUUGUGCUCCAGUACUGCUUUCCACGCCUGGACAUCAACGUGAGCAAGGGCAUGAAUCAUUUACUGAAGAGCCCUUUCAGUGUCCACCCUAAAACAGGUCGCAUUUCUGUGCCUAUUGAUUUCCAGAAAGUGGAUCAGUUUGAUCCGUUCACUGUUCCAACCAUCAGUGCCAUCUGCCGAGAGUUGGAUGUGGUUUCCACUAAAGAAGAGGAAAAUGCAAAUGAAGCUGAACCUGACGGCAAACGUAGAGUCAGAGAUUAUAAGAAGACCAGUCUGGCACCCUACGUGAAAGUCUUCGAGCAGUUUCUCGACAACCUGGAUAAGUCCCGGCAGGGGGAGCUUCUCAGGAAGAGCGGUAAGAGCAUGGUGCUCUCCUGUGUCUGCAGGAGCUUCUUAGUCCAGAUAGUUUAA